AUGUCUCUAGAAUCUUCCCUUCCUCCGAUCCCAGCCGCCCGAUCCUCGCCGGAGCCCCAACAACAGCAGCCCCCUCAAAACGACAACGCAACAUCAACCGCAAACCCUACCCCGCCCUUGUCCAGGAGCAACCGUCCCUCCCGCGCCUGCACCUUACGCGCCGCCGCUCGGCUCCAACAGUACCAGCAGCAGCAGAACCAGCCCGCCGAGAAACGACGAGCCGUUGCCAAAAAGGAACAGCAGCAGCAGGGAGACGACGAGUCGUCGUCGCCGCAGCAAUGCAGCGCCAGCAAGAUUAUCACGCCGCUGGUGGGCCCUCCCCCGCCCUCGCAAUUGCCACGCUGGACCCUCCGCUCUAUGUGGGAAUUGGCUUCCGUACUCAAUUUCUUGCACGUUUUUCGGCCGCUUCUAAAUAUCUCGGCUGAGUUCUCGGCUGAGGAGUUGGAGACGGCUUUGAUUACACCCAAUGACACUUUGAGUGACAUUCACAUUCCAUUGUUGAAGGCAAUUCCUCCUAUUACGCGAAUGGCACUUACACGUGAUACUUGGGUCACUGUUUUAUGCAGAAAGUUGAGAGAUUGGUGGCAUUGGGUUGCAGAUGGAGAUCUACCCAUUGUUGCUUCCCAUGGGGCGGAGGUCGAGGUGUAUAAAACACUUGAUCCUGGGGUUCGUGUGGUCAUCUUGAAAGCACUUUGUGAUAUUCGUGUUGAGCAAGAGGAUAUUCGGAACUAUAUUGACAACUCACUGAAGCAUGGAGUUCAACUUUCAACAUUUCGUAAAGAACGUGUUGGAGGUGAUUCACAAGGAAUCUCUUACUGGUAUGAAGAUGAUCCAAUAAUUGGUUAUAGGUUAUACCGGGAGAUACGGAAGGUUGAGGUGAAGAAGGCAAAAGCGAAAGGUUCCCAGGUCCUUCCUAGUGCGACAUAUGAGUGGGAAACAGUCGCAACCAAUUUUGAUGAAUUUCAAGAUGUUUCUGAGAAACUUUUCUCAAGUAAAAAUAGAACAGAAGCUUCUCUAGGAAAAAAGUUGAAAGGAGACAUGCUUGCAGAGAUUGAGAAGGUUCACAAGAGGAAAGAGAGGUUGCUGAAGAAGCAACACAGACAAGCUCUCCUCCUUGAUAAUUUUUUGACUGUGGAUGGCCUUGGUCCAGGGCGCUCUCUCCGCGACAGAAAGCCUGUUACCUACACUUUUGAUGAUUAUGACCGGUCCAUCAAUGAGGCAAUCAAGAUAACCAAAAGGAAGCAGCCAUCCCCAGAACCUUUACAGAAACGAGAGGGAGUUGUGAAACCUGAAGCUUCUAGUAAUGGUAAAUGGAAUGCUACUCCAAAUUCCUAUGAGCAUGUAGGAUUUAGUGCUCCAUCUCCUAAAUCACCUGAUUAUGAUUAUGAUGUCGAAGAAGAUAACAAAUCUGAACAAUUGGAUCGAGGCAAUCGACGAAGACAGAGGCCCCAACGUUAUUCUGCGAAAGAAUUUGUUGAAGCAGUUUCAGAUAAUGAGGCAGACUUUGACAGUGAUGAUGAUAUAGUUGGUGAAGCUAUAUAUGAUGAGGAAUACUUAAAGAAACGUAAAGAGAGAAGAAAGUUUUCUAGUAGCUCUGAAGGAGAUGAGGAGUAUCAUUUUGAGGAAGAAAAUGCUGAAGAGGAGGAAGAAGAGGAGGAAGAAGAUUCCGUAAGUGCAAGCGAGGAUAGUGAUGAACCCCGAAAAGUUAAGAAAUUGCCAGGCCGCACUAGGAGGGAAACUAAAUUGAGGUCAGUUGAUGAGCUCCAGUCAGGUCUAAGACGCAGUAAGAGGGCCACCAGAAAUCGUAUUGAUUAUCGACAAUAUGAAUUCUCAGAGUCAGAACCAGAGCAGUCUAUGAAACCUGAGAAAUCAAAUGCAUCAGAUGGACACUAUGAUGCAGGUGAGAAUGGGGAUUAUUCAAUGGAAAGUCAAGAUUCAGAUGGUAAUGAUGAGGACCAGGAAAUGAAAGUUGAUCAGGCUGUUGAAAAUUACCCUGAGACGACAGUUGAGAAAGAGCAAAUCCAGCCACCUGGAAAAUCAAAUAGUCCAGGGGAAGAUGAAGUCGAAGGUGUACAGAAAAGACGUUUCCUCGACCUAAAUGAGCUUGCCCCUGGUUCAGGUUUUGAUGAUGGUCCAAACACAAUGAUGAAAGAUGAUACGGAUGAUUUGUGA